UUUUCUAAACAAAAUCGCGAGGUGCGCAGCUGCCAGGACCUAGCUGCUCAGCCGACUGCUGGAGGAGAUAUGGAGCCGCUGAAAAUCGAGUGGAUCGGCUCUCCCUGCGGUUCCCACGGACCGUACACUUUCUACAGGGCUUUCAGCGUACUGGUGUCGGGCUCCUCCGGCCAGGACAAGGCGCCGAGGACGCUGACGGCCAAGCUCGGCCAGUUCCUCUUUGUCAGAUGCCAGCCCCAUGAGCCCGAGUGCAUCGCCGAGCUCCAGCUCUUGUGGGAGGACCGCAGCCGCCAGCAAAUGCUGGCCAGCACCAGGCUCUACUUCAGCCCGGAAGAUACCCCGCAAGGACGCGACCUGCACCACGGCCAGGAUGAGGUCAUUGCAGUCUCCAAAAAGGUAAUUAUCCGACUGCCUGAUCUGGCGAAAUGGGCCUGUAUUAAGACUUCACAGUGGGCUAUAAAUGCUCUGGAAUCCAAACCCAACACUAUGAACUUGGACAUUAGCGAACACAAAGAGGAAUCUGAACUGAACAUCAGUCCACCAUCAGACUGCCACCUCACCUCAAAUAAUGUGGGAAGUGAAUGUGAACAUUCAGGUUUCCAAGGUAAUCAAUCACAAGUUAAAGUAUUAAGCUAUCCCCAGUAUUGCCGCUAUCGGGCAAUUCGAAAAAGAAUUCAGAAGGCAUCAGCCGAGUGCGUUGAUGAAGCACAGUUGCUGGCUCUUGGAGGGAUCCUUAUGAUGGAUCUGAACACCACGAUUCUUUAUUGUCGAGAAACAUUUGAACAUCCAACGCUGGGGAAUAACAAGUCUAUUUGUGAUGAGUUUGCACCUCAUGUCUUGACACGGACUUCAGCCAGGAGAGUGGUGCGGACGAGGCUACAUAUUACUGCACGACCACAGUCAUUCACAUUGCUCCAUUAUCAACUGACAGGAGCAACCGACAUCAAAGGACGAUCCCGCAUGAAGAAGCCUAAGAUUACAAUGGGCGACAAGAGUCCCUCGCUGGAGCGUCCGCAGUCCAGCCAGUCGGAUGCCAAGGAGAAAAAGGACAAAGUUGACUCAGAAAAUAUGGCAUCCGGAAAUGCACAAGCAGAUCACGCAGACAAUCCAAGUGAGCUGCUUUCUGCAGAACAACGCUUCCUAAAGGCCUUGCACAGCUUCAUGUGUGAUCGCAAUACCCCCAUUGCCAGAAUACCUCACCUGGGCUUCAAGAAAAUUGAUCUGUUUGUAAUGUUCACUGUAACACAACGCCUUGGAGGAUAUGAGGCAGUAACUGCCCGCAGGUUGUGGAAACACAUUUAUGAUGAACUUGGUGGUAAUCCAGGGAGCACCAGUGCUGCCACUUGCACAAGGAGACACUACGAGAGGUUGAUCCUACCUUAUGAACGAUACCUCAAAGGGGAGGAGCACAAACCACUGCCGCCAGCCAAGCCGCGCAAGCACGCAACAAGCACGUCCGAGGACUCGGAGAAAGAUGUUAAAACUAUAAGUGAGGAGCAAGACGUGAAAAUGAAGAAAGGUCAGGACACGAGUCGGAUAUUUGAGAAGGAGGAUCAACAACCAAGAGGUGAAAGAUGCCAAGAGAAUAGACCAAGGACUAUCUCUGCUCAACACUCAAGUACUCAGGGCAACUCCCAAGAUAAACACAUGCAAAUACUAAAAUGUAAAAGCCAAGAUAAUGCUGCAUCAAUUGCAGUGGAAUGUUCCAGAAGCAAGGCUUGCCCACCCACAGGACUGGGCACAAGUGAGAAAGUGGAGUCUAAAGUAUUUCGACAGCAUGAGCACAAAAUAAGAAACCAGGAAAAUCAAGUGUGCCCAAAUACAGGACAUAAACAGAAGUCACCACAUCACCCUCAGGACUUGUCCAGUGGCCCCAGGGUUAAACAAAGCCUGGGCACAGAGAGUAGUAAGCACAUCUUUCCAAAUGCAAUGUUCCAGCAUCUUCACUCCGGAAUUCUAAACUUCCAGUUGCCUGAAGGCAUUUCACCUCUUGAUGUUCUCAAAAGCAGGCUUGGACUGGCUACAUCCAAGGAUCUAUCCAGACCCACUUUGCAACGAGCCCUCAUCGUGGAGCGGCCACAGAACAUCACGUUGGAUAGUCAGAAGAUCAAAGUAUGCAGCAAACCUCUGGGAGAGCCUGGAACGCACAAUGUGGCAGGACUAAAGAGGAAAGAAUCAAAAGGGGUCCCUCAAACAUCGAAGAGGCUUGGUUUUGGACAAGUAAAUGGAUUUCGACUGGUGAAAGGAAAUGCAUCUACACUGCCCUUGUUCAAUAAUUUGAGUUCCGUCAAACAUGUUGCAAUUUCCAAGGAAGAGCAUGAAUCUAAACCGAGACCAAUGGGACGACUUGUAGGUAAUGGCAGUGGAACUCCACAAGGCUACUCAAUGAAGGAUGGUUUGGUGGAGGUAGGUUUGAACUUGAGCAAGACCAACGAUAGCAGCUAUAUUUAUGACCAUAAAGGACAACUGUAUGAGAUUUUACCUCAGAAUUUAUCUAAUAAGCAGUUACCACCAAAAAAUGAGCCUUCUACACGAUACAGGGAACAGUCCUCACCACUAAAUCUCAGUAAGUCAAGUAGGAGUUUGUCAGGAAAGAGAAUAGCAGAGUUCAUGGAUGCAUCAGUCUGUGUAUCACAGAAGGGUGUCCCUAUUUAUCUGUUUCCUCAAUCUCUGCAAAACCUUUGUGAGAACAAGGAAAGCCAUAAGAAAAAUGAGCAACCGAUCAAGAAGCUGCGCCUGGAUUCCUGUUGCACAGAGGUGAUUGAUCAGAGAAGAGAAUCUAUUCAUUCGGAUCAUAGCUCUGGUGCAGAGUCACUUAGUUCAUCACCCCUGAGCCUAGGUUCUGGAGUUGUGUCUGAAGAUGUGCCCACAGACUUGAGUUUACCAAAAUAUCCUAAGACUCAAAAGCUAGAUCAUUCUGCAACCAAUAAUGAGAGUCCGCCGGCCAAAAAUACUAGAUUGAACUCUGAGCCAGCAGGUAAGCAACCAACAGAUUUAUCCACGUUGUCAUCCUUUCCUGCUGUAUUAGAAACCACCACUACAUCAGAUGGUAGCCAGAGAGCACCAGCAAAAAGCAGUCUUCGUUUACCGUCUGGGACAUCCCUAAAUUUGGGUCAAUCAAAGGGCUGUCAAGAGGAGCUUCCCAAAAGCUCCGAGAGGAGACAGUUCCCAAUACGCAGUGAGCAAAGACUUCCUCCACCUCAUGUUGAAGAGUCGAGGAAAGAGGGCGUAGAACCAACUGGAAAGGAGUCACUUCUGUCCGGCUUGACCAAAGCCAGCCAAGAGAGAAAGCCUCAAAGGGACCAAGAAUCAAACCCAUCCAAUAGUCAGGAUUUGUCCUCGGGGGAUGAACAGGACAACAAGAAAGGAGCACUCUCGAGCUCGUAUCUGCAUGGAACCCAUUGCCCUGAGUUUCAGAACGUGACGGAAACAUUUGGAGCCCACUUUCAGCUGGUUGAUUUGAAUAAAAAUACAGUGGAGGAAGGAAAGUCUGAUUCAGUUGUGGUGCCAGUAUUGGCAUCUGGCCUUCCCGUUUCACCCGCUGUGGUUCCUGGCUCUGUGCAACGUCAACAACCGCUGGCUUCCCAUUCACAACAAAUGUACAGCCAACUUCUGCGGACCUCGGUGCUGCCCAGCUUGGCUUACGAUGAGGUGGUAAUACGUAGACUAUCGUCCAGCUCAUCAGCACUAUCUCCCUCACACCUCUCCACUGUGCUCCCCGAAAAGCGAAUGUGAUUGGCUUUGUUGUAUGUCUGAAUCUCAUCCAGCCCGCACAAGAUUUCACCUGCGCUCGGUAAUCUCGUCUUUUGUGUGAUGAAACAAAAGUGCUGUUAAAAUAAUUUCCUGCCCCAGCUCACCAAAUAGUUUCAAGCAGCAAAUUGCCAAUCUGAGAGGAAGGAUAUUAAGCCACCUGUGUCCUGGGUGCUCUGAACUAAAUACGAUAAACCAUGUGAACAAUCUGGUGAUAUUCUGACUUCUUUACUUGACAUCUGAAGAGGGGUGAGACCCACCUUGCAGCUCCAUUGGCAGCAUGGAAUGGUUGUGGUGUUGCAUUGAAGCUUGUGAGGGAUGGCAGCUGGGCAGCUGAAACCGAUCGAGCAUCAAUUUGCCAAAUUUGUCAAGACUUUAGACUUUGCGCAAGAAAGUGCUACCGCUAAAGAAGAAAAUAAAACAAUCAAAUGUAAUGAUACUACUGUUAUUACACAUUUCUCACAGAAAAAUGGGAAUUAUACUCAGGGAGGGAUUUGUAUAAUGAACUGCUCUUACAGACCGAUCACAAACUUCAAUAUCCUAUGGUCUCAAGUGCCAUGAUGUUGGAAGUGUAAAAGGUUGUGAUAUGUUACCGCUGAGAUGGAGGUGUUGCCUAUCUGUGAAGAAUGGACACAACUUCUUACAGAUACUGUGAAGUAACAAAUAUUGUGGUCCAAGGUGUUGCUCAAGCAUUUGAGAGGAAGAGACUCACAGCUCAAUAAGAGGAAUCUCCUUACAAGGGCCAGCCUCCUCCAAUACUUGAGUGCCUCUGUUUCUGUCCUCGUUGCAGAAAGUCAGGGUAUGGGUUUUCUGUUCGGUUGGCAUGCACAUGACUACUAAAUACCGUGGAAAUCUGUUGAGGUUAAUUUAGGUUUGCCAAAGAAGAUAACAACCUUAACCAGAGACUGAUUUUAUCAGGGAUACUUGUUCUAUAUGUCCUUUGCCUCAUCUAAUCUCCUUGCCUAUUGAUUGUAAGUAAGUGGUUAUCAUCCAGAAAUUUCAUCUAAGGAAAACUGCCGUUCCAGUGGCUUGUCCAGGGCAUUUUUCCCCCCCAAAGUUUUAAAGAUGUACUUGCCCUUUGGAGAAGAAUACGGUUUCCACAAUAUAUGUAUAGAUGGUAUGCAAAUUACAUUGAUCGUUUUUGAAACAGAAAUUGCACUGGGUGAGUUUGAACAAAGAGACACAAGCCAUUUGGAGCCUUGUCAGCAUUAAUGCCUUUUCCAGACAUGGUUAUUACACCUCUUCAAGCUAUUGGAAACCCGAAAUUUGAGCUUAGAUUUAAUAUUGAACUAUUAGAUACCACCUUCUGGAUUCUCAACUGGUCUUGCGAAGUUUCUAUUUUGACAGAUGUGCUUCCUAAGUCAAUGCAACCAAUUUAAACAACUAAUUUUGAACAGUUCCUCAAGAGUUGUACUUCAAAGUGGUAUUGGUGAUCUAAGAUGAAAGAGUGGCAGACACCCAUGAUAUAAUUGUUUUAUAGGACUAAGUAUGUUUUUAAGUUACAAGUACUGUAUGCAUAGCUGAAAAUAGUGAGCUAUCUUGCAUGGACCUUGUUUACCCUCUGUAAGAUCAAAGAUAAUAAUAUAAAAUAUAGACUUUUACACUUGUAUGUAUAAAUGACACUAGGAUUUCCUUGCAGAUUGUAUUGAACCUCCUUUUCUGUAGGUUGCUCUUUCAAAUGAUUUAAGUGUAUGUAAUUACAAACAUUCCUAAUGGUUCAUUAUGCAAGUUAUCAGUUACAAACUUUGGCUGAGAUCUGAAAAAGAAAUGGCUGUUAACAUUUUUUCAUUAUUUAUUUUACAAUAACAUUUUCCAAAGUUCUAUUUUAAAAAGUUAACUCUUAUUUGUUAGGUGGUUACAUUUUUUCCAUCAUCUUUGCUAUUUAGAAAUCACUGAUUUUAUGUUAAAGAAACUAUUUUAGAAUUGUCAAAGUUUUGGCUGUCACAGUUGUUCCUUCACCGCCCUCUUCUUUCAAUCCCAAAUAAGAU